UGCUCCUUUUGGAACGUGUCGAAUGCGUUCGAUUUGAACGUCUUCACUUUGAACACCUCAUUCCGUCCAUCAGCGCGCCUCAACUUAGACUCAGCGAUCAUCAUGAUUACAGACAAGCAGUGGAAAAAGCUCAGAGAGCUGUGGACAAGAGGUCUAAUGAAGACCAACCCUGACUGCCCAAGGCUGUCAGCUUUGGUAGAGGAGGCGGUCGGGGUUGGUCUUUCAAUGGACCAGGUAAAGUAUUUCAUGAAGACAGCGAGGGCAUCAACAGGAAUGGCGCAAUUGGCCCCACAGUCUAUAAACGUGAUGGUGAUGCUAGCAAUGGCCCAUGACGACCUAGGGGUGAGGACAGGGCUGAGUCUCCAAGACCAGAUGGCAAUGAUAUCUCUGCCCAUGGAUAUGGCCCUAUUCAAGACUCGUAAGAGAGCAGCGGACUCCACUGCUGAUGACGUCAUCAAGACAAAGUCCAGACGUGCAUGGCCCAAAGCCUCUGAUGUCACAGAGCCACAAGUGCAACGUAAACUGGGAGUCCAGCCUUCCUGUCGUACAGUCGAAGGCGUUGUCCUGGUCCUUGGUCAGGGCGAUACGGGACAGCUUGGUUUAGGACAGGACGUCAUGGAGAGGAAAAAGCCUGGGCUGGUGGCUAUCCAGGACAAAGUCAUUGAUGUGUGUGCGGGGGGCAUGCACACUGUAGUGCUCACUGUCAAAGGAGAGGUCUGGUCCUGGGGGUGUAACGACGAGGGAGCGCUGGGAAGAGACACCUCGGAGAUUGGAACCGAAACCGUCCCAGGAAAGGUGGAACUUAGCAGCAAGAUCGCACAGCUGGGCGCUGGAGACUCCCACACCAUCGCACUCACCACAGACGGCAGGGUUUGGUGCUGGGGAACAUUCAGGGACAACAAUGGUCAGUUUGGCUUGACCAGUGACGGUAAGGUCCAGCCCAGACCAGUAGAGAUCCCCCUCUCAGCACGAGUACUGAAGAUCUCCAGCGGUGAGAGCCAUGUGGCCUGUCUGACUGAGGACGGAGACCUUUACACUUUUGGCUGCGGAGAACAGGGCGAACUAGGGAGAAUCGCCGAGUGUUUUACGGUCAGAGGGGGCCGCAAGGGACGCAGCCUCCUCCUUGACCCUGCCCCGGUCAGGAUGAAGGGUAAGAUGGGCUCCAGGAAAAGCCACAUGAAGUUUGCCGACGUCUUCUGCGGGAGCCACAACACGUUCGCCAUCUCAGACGACAAGGAAGACGUGUACGCUUUUGGAAUGAACAACUACUACCAAAUGGGAUUGGAUGGUGAUGCAGCGAGGUAUGUACCUGAAAAAGUGGAGUCACUCUCGGGCAAGAGAUGGACUCAGAUCGUGGGAGGGCAGCAUCACACAGUGGCCUUGUCAGCAGACGGUGAGGUAUAUGUGAUGGGUAGAGGACAGUAUGGCAGACUGGGCCUGGGAGAAGACAUGGACAAGGAAGUCACCAAACCCACACAGCUCACGGAACUCAGGAACAUCUGUGGUGUGGCUACUGGGUCAUCAGUGUCGUUUGCUGUCACCAAAAAUGGUGAGCCGUACUCCUGGGGAAUGGGUACCAACCUGCAGCUGGCACAGAGCAAUGAUGAUGACGUCUGGGUGCCGACAAAAAUGACUGGGAGACAGCUGGAGAACAGAGAUGUUGUCCUUGUGUCUGGGGGAGGACAGCACACCGUGAUGCUGGCCAGAGACAAAGACAACAUCACAGCUGCCUAGCUAUAGAAUGUUUGCCAUUUAUAGCAGCUGUCUAGCUGUACAAUGUUUGCCAUUUAUAGCAG